CAUAGACAGAGACUGAACUUUCCCCGCUGUCCGCUCAGUUCUGGGUCUGUGCCGAGUCGAGAUGCACGAAAACCACAUCUCAUAUGUUAACGUUCCAGAAAGAGGCGCUCCACACACAGGAGCGCGUUCGGGGAGGAGGGUGAAGGUGACGGUGCUCAGAGUGGCUGUGGUGAUGGCUGCAGUUCUGAUCGUCGCUUACGUCUUUGAUGGAAUCGCCCUUUUCCUUAACGCCAAAAAAUGCACAGACAGAGUUGAGACGAGCACAAACGCGACCACAGCGAAGCCUGCAGUGACGACAUCCCCUCCUCCACCUCCUGCAGCCAGCUCAGAUCCUCCUCCUACAACGUGUGCGGUCAAACUCAGCUGUGGCACCAACUGGGAGCUUCACGGAGGAAAGUGUUAUUAUUUUGCCACCACUAGAAGCACGUGGAGUCACAGCCGGACACUGUGUCAGCGGAGCGGCGGAGAUUUGGUGAAGAUCGACAGCAGAGAGGAGCAGUGGUUUCUGUAUUCAAAAGUGAAAGAUUUAACAAGGAUCAAUGGAAAUCGGUUCUGGAUCGGACUGACAGACUCUCAGACAGAAGGAGUUUGGAAGUGGGUGGACGGUUCUUCACUCGACCCGAGUUUAACGUUCUGGUAUACGAGCACUUACAGCUCAGAACCAGACAACGGGAGAGGUAUAUACUACCAGCCUGAAGGAGAAGACUGUGUGUGGAUGGGAGAGACGUGGCUCGAUGAUCAGAGAUGUUGGAUGGAUCAAAACUGUAACGUACCAAAUCUGUCCAUUUGUGAGAUGGAGCCAACUCAAACUGAAGACUGCCUGUAGAUCCUGUAGAUCAGGGGUGUCAAACUCAUUUUGUUCUGGGGCCGUGUCCAUCCUACUUUGAUCCCAAAGGGGCCGGAUCAGAAAACUCAUGUCAUAUAAACCCCAAAAAUAACAAUUAAGUUCAAAUAUUUGUGCAGAGAAACACAAAUCUAUUCCAGAAAUCUUUUUUUAAUUGAUUAACUCUUUCUUUUACAAAAUAUUAUAAUAUUAUGAACAACCUGAAACUUUAAGAAAAAUGCAAUUUCAACAGAAUGUUUUAACAUGAACUUGUUUGCAAAUAGGAAUAAGUCAAUUUUUGUUGGAAAAUUCUGCACUCAGCUCCAUUUUUCUCAUUUGUGACAUUUUGUUGAUGAGGGUGUCACGGUCAACAGUCAAAACGAUCGUCCUUUAAGAGCGUUUGGAAAGAGACAAGUCUUCAUUUGUGCUGCUCUGGUGGGAGGGGCCACGUACAGAGGUUCUGGUUAAACACCACAGAAAAUUACCAAUAUUUUAAUAGAAAAUAUAAUUUAAAAUAUUUUUAGUAGAAAAUCAGCCGAGGGCCAGAUUAAAGGUCUUAGAGGGCCGGAUCUGGCCCCCGGGCCGUAUGUUUGACACCCCUGCUGUAGAUGAUCCAACCACAUCUACUCAUUUGUAUCAUGAGUCUCUCAAAUGCUGAAGACAUCUCAAAAUAUUCUUAUAUCAUUGAAAACAAAAUAUAUAACUUCUUUUUCCUAAGAUAAUGUUGAUUCUGUAAAAAUCUCAGUCUUUUAUGUAGAUUUUUAUUCCUUUUUUAUGUAUAAUGUGUGUUUUUCACUUGAACGGAGCAUGCGUCUUUCUGAUUGGUUAAUCCAGCUGUCACUCACCCCCUCUGGAAUCACAGAGACGGGACACAACUCCAGAUCCACUCGUCUUUAACAUGACCUGAAAUGUUGCUGUUAGAGGUGCAGUCUGUAACUUUUCUGGUGAAGAGGCCAUCAAACAUCUGUCUGUCUUCACGGAAACCAAACCACACAAAGUUACAGGACAGAUCUGUGGAGAGGCGACCCCGCUCACAGUCAGAAUGUUUGUUUUUCUAGGUGUUUUUGAGCAAUAAAACCACCUGUAAUUGAAUAAAUGUAAGGUAGAGCUUUUUAAAGUCAUAUCACAGAACAUUCUGGGCAGAACAAAGACAUACCCUUGGCAACAAGCUGAACAAGCAGAUUGUCAGAAUAAUUCUAUUAUCCCAUAUUUGCUAAAUACUUGUGUGAUAUUCUAUGCCUAUGAGUUAACCAUUUAUGUAACUACAAUUCUUUGAUUUAUAAUGUACCAAUCACUUGUAUGAAAAUGAAUAACCUCUGUGUGUUUGACAACUGUGUGCAGUGUCCUAUCGCUCUAGUGAACCUCGAGAUGAUUCCUCACAUGAAGCCAACUCCCACUGUCACACAUGCAAGAGUUAUGAUGGUGUCUGUCCAAACCUAAGGCACCUCCUGAUUGUUAAUCAUGUUUUAUGUGUUUGGACUAUGCAUAGCUUCAUCAGUUUCUUAUUAUGUCUUUGCUGUUUCCCCUUCCCCUUGAGAAUUAUCGUUCUGUAACUAGGGCCUCCUAAUGAAAUAAAAAGAGGAGA